AUGGCUGCCCAGGGAGAUCUUCCUCCGCCAAUUUCGACAAGUGCCGCCCCUCCUGCUUUUCUGCACGAGCCUCCCGUGCAGACGCUCUUCUCAAACUCCACGGGCACGCUUGUCUCGUGCUCGGCUUCCGGCCAGCCUCGGCCAUCGGUGACGUGGACCAAUGAAACCGGCUCGCCUCUUGAGCCGCUGCCGGGACUGCGCCGUAUCAGGCUAGACGGGACGCUGGAGUUUUUCCCUUUCCGCGGAGACGAAUAUCGCCAGGACGUGCACUCUGCACGGUACCGGUGCCGUGCCUCCAACACACUCGGUACCGUGGUGAGCCGGAGUGUCCACGUCAGAGCCAUGGUGCAGCAGAAAUACGAAGUACGGGUCUACGACGAUUUCGUCAUCCGUAUGAAUACAGGCGUGCUGAGGUGUCACAUUCCCAAAUACGUCAAGGAAUACGUUGUCGUGACGUCAUGGACACGCAGCGACGGUUUCAUCAUCUCCGUGCAAGCUAUUCCAGACGAAAAUUCAAAGUACGUGGCCUUCAGGACGGGCGAGCUGCACGUGCGGCGGGCGGGUCCCGAGGACAGCCAUCAUUCGUUUCAGUGCCAGACAAAGGACACACUCACCGGUGCCGUGGUGAGCAGCAUCACGACGGGAAAACUGGUCAUCACAGAGCCCCACUCCAGCAUACCUGCCAAGGUGAUCCACUCGAGCCGCCAGGUGGAGGGACCACACGGCUCCACUCUCUUCGUUCCGUGCGAGGCCCAAGGACACCCGCAGCCAUCGUACCGCUGGUACCGCCAGCACGGGACCCACCUUCGGCCGCUGCUGCCCAUCGGGGAGCCCGGCAUUGUGUUCGUCGGUGGCACUCUGGUCUUUCGACGUGCCUCGGUUCAGGACAGCGCCACGUACGUGUGCGUCGUGAGCAACGGUGCCGGCGUCGAGGAUAAGAACGAGAUCCAGGUGCUCGUCACAGAGCCCUUGGAGGUGGACAUGUGGACGCGAACGAGGGAGGUGCGCUCCGGAGACACCCUCACUCUCAACUGCAGCGUGUCCGGAUUUCCCGUGCGCUCGGUCACGUGGUUCAAAGAUGGCCGCGCCAUCACGGGCCCGUCGGCCGUCAAGACGUCGGUCUCUGGCAGCCGAGGUGGCCAGGUCUCGUCGCGGCGCGUGCUCAUGCUGAACCAGUACAUGCUGCGCAUACAGGCUGCGCAGAGCGACGACUCCGGCGUCUACCAGUGCCACGCGGAGAACGAGCGAGACUCGGCGCAGGCGCAGGCCUUCGUCCACGUCAGGUCUGAACCACCGGUCCUGGUAUCCCACUUCCAGGACGUCGUGGUACGCCCAGAGGAACCAGUGUCACUACGAUGUGCCGCCACUGGGACGCCGCUGCCUCAAAUCACGUGGUCUCUUUACGACGUCCAAGUUCAGGACUCCAGCCGGGUUCGCGUGGGAGACUACGUGAGCCGCGACGGCUCCGUCAUCAGCUUCGUCAACGUGACGCGGGUGCGGCACGAAGACGGCGGUGCCUACCGUUGCGAGGCCUCCAACGUGCACGGCUCGCACGCGCACUCCGGUCGCCUGAACGUGCUCGGGCCACCGGCGGUGCGCGACAUGCCCAACCGGACGGUCGUGGCGGGGCGCAGGGCCGUGCUGCACUGCCCGUACUACGGACAUCCCGUUAGCCGGGUGGCUUGGCACAAAGAUGCCAGAAGCCUACCCAGCAGCAAGCGCGUCAUGGCUCACGAGAAUGGCUCCCUUGUCCUGGAGGCGGUGAGCCGCAAUGACGACCAGGGACGCUAUUCCUGCUCAGUGCGCAACGAGCAAGGUAGCGAAGCACACAACCACUUUUACCUCCGGGUGCUCGUGCCGCCGUCCAUUACGCCCUUCUCGUUUCCCGAGAAGCCUCAGCUUGGCUCUCGAGCCAGUGUCACGUGCAGCGUGCCCGUGGGAGACCCACCCAUACGGCUGUCGUGGCUGCGAGACGGAAUGCCGCUGGAAUCGGACUCUUCUUCUACCUCUGCCGUGGGCAUUGCUGCGGGUCAUGUGGACGACUUCAUCUCAACGCUGGUGUUCAGGUCUCUACGCGAAGAGCACACGGCUGUAUACACAUGCCUUGCGGCCAACGAGGCCGCCUCGAUCAACUACUCAGCUCCACUCGUCGUUUACGCUCCACCAAGAUGGCGGCUAGAGCCCACAGAUGCCACGGUGACGACCGGUGAGCGCAUUAUACUGGACUGCCAGGCUGAUGGAACGCCAGAGCCACGAGUGCGCUGGAAAAAGUCUGCAGGUCCUCAGGGUACUGAAUUCCGCACAGUCAUCAGUAGCUCUCGCAUGCAAGCACUCGUCAAUGGCUCGCUGGUCAUACAAGAAGUUGAAACGCUGGACGCCGGUGGAUACAUGUGCGAGGCCUCCAAUGGAGUUGGUCUGCCCCUGUACACCGUUGUCCAUGUCAACGUUCACUCUCCGGCUACGGCACGCCAGCGCUUCAUGUCCAAAAUGGCUGCCAGAGGCCAAGUGGUGAAACUUCGUUGCGAGGCUUCUGGGGAUAAGCCUAUCAGGUUUUUCUGGUCCAAAGACAACAAACCUAUCAAGUCAUUCUCAAGUCCUAGGUAUUCGAUCGAAGACCAUUCCGAGGAAGACACUCCCUGGUCAGAGCUGGUGAUUCUGUUUGCCGAGAGGAAUGACACUGGUAGCUUCAGGUGCGACGUGUCAAACUCUUACGGACAAGACGAGCAGGUGACGCAUCUCUCUAUACAAGACCGCCCCGAACAACCUCCAAAACCGGAAGCGCUCAACGUACUCAGCCGAUCAGUGACCAUUCUGUGGAAAAGCCCCAGCGAUGGCAACUCUCCCAUCACCAAGUACAUCGUGCAAUACAAGAGGAGCAAGUCGUGGGACAAGCAGCUGAGCGAGAUGGUGGCCGAAUCUGACCAGAGCCAGGUGACGGUGCUGGACCUGCAGCCCCUCGCCGAGUACAACUUCCGUAUUCUCGCCCAGAACGCCAUUGGAGUCGGGCCUCCGAGCGAGGCACUCACCGUCGUCACCGACGGAGAAGUGCCUGCAACCCCUCCUCAGAGCGUCAAGGUGACUGCUGUCAGUUCAAGAAAGGUAGAAGUGUCUUGGAAGGCGCCGCCAGCGCACCUUCAAUACGGCGAAAUACAAGGCUACUACGUCGGCUACCGCGUUCACGGCUCCACUGAGCCGUACGUUUUCAAGACCGUCACCGCCUCCUCGAGCGCCCAGUCUUCAUCGCUCGUGUCCGAUGUCGGCGCAGCCACGCGAUGCGUGGUCGACGACCUGCAACGCGGCACAGCCUACGUCAUCGUGGUGCAGGCCUACAACGACAAAGGCGCGGGUCCCUUGUCCGACGAGAUACGGGUGCACACGCACGAGCACGGUUACCUGGCUCGCUGCCGCCUCUACGACGCCACCGAGUGGAAAGAAGUGUCCCUGGGCCCUGAAAAGCGAAGCUACCUGUUCGAGGGACUGCACUGUGUGCCUCAAGCCCCGUCAGCCAAAACGGCCGUGGUGACCAACACAAGUUAUCUAGGCCUAGUGCUGGCCGCCUGGAACGACGGAGGCUGUCCCAUCAGCCACUUCUUCGUCCAGUACCGGCCCCGCGACGAGUCUGACUGGACGCUGCUCAGCUCUAGGGUGCUGCCUGACCGUGACAUUGCGCUUAUUGUCGACCUCGUGCCUGGUACCUGGUAUCAGCUACUGACAGUUGCCUUCAACAGCGCGGGCUCCACCAGGACAGAGUACACAGUAGCAACACUAACCGCAGGCGGAGACCCCUUGGAGCCAGACAAGAUAUCAGAGGUUGGCCGGAAGAGCAGUGCUCAUAAGUACCGCAGCUUAUCCAUCAUAGUCCCUGUUUGCUGCUCAAUCGUGGUCCUCAUAGCCGUCAGCGUGGCCUUCAUUGUGCUGAUCUGGCGAAAAAGAGGCUCUCCUGCAUCGCCCGCUUCGGCUCUCGGUGCUUACGAAGGGGUGCGAUUUGGCGAUGACGGCAAGAUGGAUUCGAUCACUAUGUCGGAACUAGAGAAGUCUCACAUGAGCUUCGAGAGCGGCGACGCUGACACCGACGGCCGCAAGUACUACUACUCGUCGCCGUGCGUGUCCUCGAAGAUGGCCGACAUCUCACGCGUGGGCAAUGGCCGUGAUGACGACGCGGACGAGGCGUGUCUGCACACAAUGGCGAAGGUAGCAGCAGCCGCCUCUCCCUACGCUUCAGCUAGGACCGUCGUACAGCCGUACGACGUGCCACAGCAUCGGCGAGAUGGCUGCAAACCCCGUCGGUCAAAUGGUGUUCUCAAACAAGCCUUACGCAAGAACAAGCAACAGCAUCCCAUAGAGCUAUGCAGGGAAGACCAGUACCACGAGCGGUACACAGCCAAGUGUCGUGCCUCUUCUUACGACUACACCCCAUGCGCGGAGUACGGAAGACACCCUGCGGCCUCUGCCUACCACGUGUCCGAGCCCACGGACGCCAAUAUACUAGACAGGUAUGUGGCACAUGAAAAAGAAGAGAGUCAAGAUUGGAACGCCGACUAA